CAUCAUCGCGCGAGGAAAAGUGUGUGAAUAGUGUAUUGGAGUGUGGGUGGUGGUUGAAAAGAGAAAAAAAAGGAAGGCACCCUCACAAAACACCCGCUGGCGAAAGUAUAUUUCUCGGCGGCAAUCAACAUUUUAAUGUCCACUCCAAAAACCAAUGCACCGCGCGCGGAUCCAUAUGCAUUGCCGGGCGUGAGUGCAUUUGUUUCGGUGCACGUUACGCGGAUGAAUAAAGCGACCAUCCGCCCACGGUUCACGCAUCAGCCGCGCUGAAGUGGGACUGCCCGUGUGGCGCGUGGAACCUGAAGCUGAAGUGAAACCCACCCACGACUGCACGACGGUGUGGUGUGGUAUGGUGUGUGGUGUGGCGGCGAUGCACAGCUGCAGCUGCGGCCAGGACCAGGUCCUUCAGCGCCAGCGAGGCGACCAACACGGUACAAUAAAGCCACGCCAUCCGCGAGAACGUGAAGCGGUGAACGGCGAGCGCGGCAUAAGUGAACGCAAGUGAAGUGUUUUCCACGCGAAGCACCGUUCCGGGGCAGCAAGUGCAAUAAGCGGGCGAGUUGCGAGUGCGAAGCGGCUUAAGCUAAGCCUCCACCUUGCUUCCACGCAGAAGUGGAAGUGUGCAGGAACUCGCUCGACCAGGGCGAGCCAAACCCGCCGUCAAAAAGGGAUUACGGCAGCCGGUGUCGAAGCGCGCCCAAAACAUUAGCGCGAAUGGCGUGCUGAAGACGAGAAGGAAACAAGAGUGAGCAAAGAAAAAAGAAGGAAAAGGAAAAACAAAACAAAAUCGUUCGUGGAAAAGCGAGAACCGAAUCCUUGUGGUGGUGUAGGGAAAAAAAGAAAAGCACAACAACAGCAACAGCAGCAGGAAAAGGCAGUGGAAAGGACAACCAAACCGAAUGCACCACGGCAAGAAAGCGCCACCGCGAUGGGAUACAUAAAUCUGCUCGAACUAAAGCUUUUGUUAAAUAUAUCAUUAGUCGUGCUGCUGGUAAGCGGACAUGGCACUCAGACGGAGCUUCAGCCCGAGUUUCUGGCCCCGCUGGACAAUCUCACGAUGACGCAGGGCCGCGACAUCUCGUUCACGUGCGUCGUGAACAAUCUCGGCCAGUACAGGGUGGCGUGGAUAAAAUCCGACUCGAAGGCCAUCCUUGCCAUCCACACGCACAUGGUCGCCCUAAACCCGCGGCUCUCCGUCACCCACAACGGGCACAACACGUGGAAGCUGCACAUCUCGCACGUGCAGCUCAACGACUCCGGCAGCUACAUGUGCCAGGUGAACACGGAUCCCAUGCGCCACCAGUCGGGUAGCCUGGACGUCGUCGUGCCGCCGGACAUUUUGAACGAAAACGAACCGAACACGCUCGAGGGCGGUGUGGCCAACGAAGGCGGCAACGUGCAGCUCGUGUGCCAGGCGACAGGCGUUCCGGAACCGGGAGUGCAAUGGAGACGCGAGAACGGCAAGGACAUCGUCGUGCGAACGGAGGGCCGCGAGAAGCAAGUCGUAAAAUUCGUCGAGGGCGAACGGCUCGUCCUGAAUCAGGUGCAGCGGACCGACAUGGGCGGAUAUCUCUGCAUAGCGUCGAACGGCGUUCCACCCACCGUGAGCAAGCGGUUCGACGUGCAAGUUAACUUUCCUCCGAACGUGAAAGCGGGCAACCAACUGGUAGCGGCACCGGUCGAGAGCCAUGUACUGCUGCAGUGCAUCGUGGAGGCGUUCCCAACCCCACUGAAUGGCUGGCACAAGCAUGACGGCAUGAAGCUGUACGAAGGCGAAAAGUACACGAUCAACGAGGAAAAGCUGAACGCGUACACCUGGCAGCUGAACUUAACCGUGAAGAACCUCCACAAGGGCGACUUUGGGCCGUACAUUUGCUCCAGCAUCAACGCGCUGGGAAAAUCGGACGCCCGGAUACGGCUGCAAGAGCUUCACCUGCCACCGAAACCGACGACAACGCCCACGCCUUACGUGCCGUCGACGGUGAAACAACCGCGCCGAAAGCAGCACUACAACACCCACGGCAAGGGGCACGAUCCUAGCAAGGGCGCCAACACCUUCAACCGGGACACGUACAUCAUCCACCACAUCCAGGAGAACGACUAUCUCGGCAGCCUGGUAGUGCACGACGGUAACACCGGACACGGGAUGACAGGCGUGAACGGUGCAACGGCCGGUACGGGCAACGGACUGGGUGGUCCGGGAGGCACCAACGGUGGGCUGGAAAAGCCCCGCAACACGCAGAUGCCGGCACCGAUCCCGUCACAGCAACCGCACUGGAUCCUGAACAUCAAAUCCCGCUCGGCGGCCAUCUUCAGCCGCAGGCGCACGGUCGCGUUCGUUAGUUGUUGUUUGCUGAUGAUUUAUAGUCUGUUGAUGCUGCUGACAUUUACAUGA